AAGGGGGAGUAACCCAUUAGCAGACAACUGAGCUUUAGGAUCUUUCCAGACCUUUAUCAACCGAGAGGAAAAUUUUACCGUAGAGAUAAGAUACAGAAAAAAAUCAUUACGCAGGGGUCUGACUGGAUGUUUUUGUUCUCUUGCUUUGCACUCAGUUCCUUUGUGAGGCACAGAUGGACAAGCAGCUGAUGCAGAAGACAGUUUUCCUCUCUGCGCACUCAUGCAAGGACCUGAAGGCAUCUUGAAAUAGAAAUUCAAAGGAGGAGGAGGACAGAAGGGAGAGAGAGGGAGAGGGGGGACUAGAGAGAGUACUGCUAUGCAAAGCUCAAUACGUAGCAUGGCUGUACAGAAGAAGCAGAGUGAAAUCCCUCCAUCGCAGGGACCACUUUCUACAUGUACCAUUGAGAGCCAAAGGGCUGGAAGCAGGUCUGAAGGAACAGGAGGGAAUGGAUCUUAUAUCAAACCAAGCUCUCAAACAAAGAAAACAACCUGUCCUGCCAUCAAGUCCAUCCAAAUCUGCGGCAAUGUUAGCCCACGGCUCUUUGCAGGUAAUGGACUGAAUGUUGACGAAAGACUCAGAGCAGCUCGAGAAAGAAGAGAAGAGCAGCAGAAGUUGCUGGUCUCUCGGGAGCUGAGCCGACUGGAGCGGGAACAGCGAGCCAGACGUUACUAUGAACAACAGUUACAGGAGCGAAGGAAAAAACUCCUGGAGCAGAGGCUCAAAGAGGAGAGGAGGCGUGCAGCUGUGGAGGAGAAACGAAAGCAGAGGAUGAGAGAGGAAAAAGAGCGGCAUGAAACUACAGUGCGCAAGACAAUAGAGAGGAGCCAAAAGGCCCAGCAGCACCUCAGUCAAAGUUCAAGAGGCAGGAAGCCCAAUAAGAAUGCUCCACGUCGCUUGCCUCUGACAACAUGGGAGAGGAAUCUGGUCAGUCGCCUUCUCACCCCCACAUGUUCUUAUCUGGCUAGGAGCAAGAGUGCAGCUUGUAGGUCUGGAGAAGAAGUUGUCCAUGUUUGUCGCCGUGCAGUUUCAUGCCACCCAUCGAAUGCCAUCCCUUCCCCUAACAUCAUCACACCCAAACUCCGACAUCAGUCACUUUCAGUCCCCCGCAGGCCGCCUCCAUCACCCUGUUCCAAUAACAGACAGCAAAGAAACAUCAGCCCUGCACAGAUUAAAAUAGUAAGACAACAGGAAAUCAUGAAGAAAAUCCCGAACAAUGGCGGAGCGAAAAGAUCAAAUGUUUCUGCCAGUAACGGCGUGAAGCCAGCUACCCCUACUCAAAGCAGAGCAGCCUCCCCGUCACCCGACAGGAGCCCCAGUAGACCAAUCAGCAGACACUCCACCCCAAUACAUUUAGAGCUCCCAGCUGUUCCUGAGGAAGAUGCUAACGUCUGUGGCUCGUCAGUCUCUGUCGGUAAUUCAGGGCCCAUCAGUGCACCGGAUAAAUGUCCAAAACAGACACAGAAAAAAGAAAAACUCCCAAAAACGGAGCCUUUAAAGCCUUCUGGGAAACAGAGAGACAUCUCGCCCAGAAUAGCAGCAGAAGGAACUCCCCAGCCCCCGGAGGUCAUGAUCCGCCUUUCAGCCGGUACCACUGACCCUAAAGAGGCCUCGAGACUUCUGGCUGAAAAGAGGAGAGAGGCCAGAAGACAACGGGAGAAAGAGGCGCAGGAGCGUUUGCAGAGAGAGGAAGCUGAAAGGCGGAAUCAUGAAGAGCAGGCUCGACAGGAGGCCGAGGCCAAGCGUCUGGUAGAGGAGAAGAGAAGAAGGGAGGAAGAGGAGCAGAGAAGAGCUGAAGAGGAGCGAGCUCAGGCUAAAAGAGAGGCUGCCCUUCUUCAGAAACAGAGAGAGGAGGAAGCAGCUAAAGAGAGAGCACGAGUUGAACAAAUGAAGCAAGAGAGAGAGAUGGCGGCACAGAAAGAGGAGGCGGAGCGCCAAGUCAGGAAAAAGCGACUUGAGGAGAUCAUGCGGAGAACCAGGAGGACAGAUUCCCCAGAUAUGAAUUCUGCCUCGCCGACGACCCUACCGAAUGAAAACACGGAGCCUCCACAUAACGGAAGGAUAGAGGACCCCAACAAGACGCCGUCGGGGACUAAAAGCACACAGCUGGGGUUAGGCAAAGAGGACGACGUGGUGCCCGUCGUGGCCUUCAAGGAACGGAGAUCCCUCAGAGCGCUUUCUGGUCUGGAGGAAAUCCAAACCAAACAGAGAGCAGAAGUCAUCUGAGCUCCUCCUGAGGCCUCUGCUAUCCAGGGAAGUCAUCAAAGAGCUGCGAUUUGUCUGCAAAGCUACUAAAUCAGCACAGCCAUUCUGCUACCUUUCGGCGCUUUUACAAAACAUGUAACGUUACAGCUUAGCCUCUCUGUGAGGAUGUCUGCAAUAGCCAGCAGCACAGCUGUUCAGCACAGUUAUGGCAAAGACGUCUCUUUGCAGCAGGGUUUAAAUCCAAUACACUCAAAAUGGGGUUUAGCUUUACUUUGUGCUUCUACAGUAGUUUGUUAGUGGAUAUAAUGAAUCUGAGAGAAUAGCCAUUUUAUCAAUAAGAGCUUGUCCAGUUAUUUUUAGCUUUAACCUGCUUACUCAGCACUUUUCCUUAACUAGUUUUUUCUCAGUGGAACUUGAAUAAAUGAAGAUGCAGUGUGCGCUAAAUGUGCUGCUAAACUAGAACUUGCUGCGUUACAAUCUUUACCUUGAACUUUUGUAAAAUAGAGCAAUCGUAUAUAAAAGCCGCAACAACAGACAUGGGUUCCAAAGAUAGGCUUUAAUUCUGGUUUUAGAGGUAAAAAUGAGAAAUGCCUUGUUUGCAGUCACAGUUGCUUCAAUAGUGUGCAAUUGCAGAGAAAAAGCUUAUAGCUUUAGAAUGGGUCUUAAAACAGUAAAAAUGCAUAAAAUGUGUAACUUAAACUUGAUCCAAUACUGUUAGCUUUAUAAAAUGUUAAACUGUAUGGUAUGUAUAUGAUUAAAGCUGAUGCCACACCCUUGUCCUUUUCUGCUUAAGUAAAAAAAACAUAAAA